ACAGUACGGGUUGACCCCACAUUGUAGAACCAUCCGGGCAAGUGGUCUACACGGAUACAAUGAAUUUGGUGUUAUUAGCCGCUUUCGUAGCGGUAUGCAGUGCAGCGAAACUGGACCGCACGUAUCUUCCACCGGAAUCCGCUAAAACAGCCGGUGGCAGCCCUGGGGACAUUCAAACUCCUCUUGUCAGAGAUCUCUUCAACCCUGGACAAUCUGGUUUACCAAAAGGUGCAUUUGACAAUGAUUAUGAUGGAGUGGUCGUAGAAGCUGCCGCCCCAGGCACAAGAGCAUCUAGUCCUGGUGAAUCAGGCCUAGGAGGUGAUAGAAUAUCCUAUGGAUCAAGUCACUCUAAAGUAGGAGGUGCAGCUUUUAAAACUAAUCAACAAGGAUUCAUUCCUCAGAUCCAGACUCAUACUGAUCAGAUAGAAUCACAAACUCUGCAGAAUUUCCAACAAGGAGUUAAUUUCGGUUUUAAUACAGCACGACCACAAGCUGAAUUUGAUAAAGCUUCAAAUAUAGUUCGCUUUGAAAAUAACGUGGGUCCUCAAGCUUAUAACUACGCUUUUGAAACUGAUAACGGUAUAACGGCUGAGGAGAAUGGCGUUGCUGUUAAUGGUAUACAAGCAGAAGGCGGUUAUUCGUACACUGGUGAUGACGGUAAAGUGUACAAGGUGACGUAUACUGCCGGAGAAGGUGGAUAUCAACCUAGUGGAGAUCAUCUGCCAACACCACCUCCUAUUCCUGAAGAGAUUCUCAAGUCUUUGGAGCAGAAUGCUAAGGAGGCUGCUGGAGGAAUUGUCGACGAUGGUUCAUACGACGCCGAGAAGUACAAUGUAGAAGACGAUCGCACAAAAAGUGACAGUAACAAUGAACAGAGAUAUAAUAGUGGACAGUUCGGAGUGUCUGAAUCAGAUGCAUAUGUUAGCAGUACAUUCAUCAAUCAAAAUACUCGUGUAUUCGAGAAUUUGAAUGGUCCACAACAAUCUCAAACAUCAAACGAUGACGUCAGGAAUAAUAUUCCAUCCUUCCAAAAUAAUUUACAACCUCAACCUACUUUCGUAACAGCGUUAGGAAAGCAGCCAUUAUCAGGUGCACCAUUUGAACAAAAUAAUGGUCAAGUACAAAUUGAUUUCAGUACACCAGAAUCGGAUAAGAAAGAUUCUUCAAAUCAAGAAGAUAACGGCGAUUAUUCAAGGCCCAUAUUCUUUGGAACACCUCAAUUGAACUCAGGCACAAAUAAUAGAUUUGGAAUUAAGCAAUCAUAUUUACCUCCAACUAACAAUCUUGAUACUAAUAAUCGGCCAACUGUUUCUCUUAAUUCAUACAAUUCACAGAAUACAGCACAAGGUAUAGCUGAAAGCUCUACUUUUGGUUCGCUUGGUUUAAACAGUAAUUUGAACAAACCCUUAAAUAUCGGACAAUCGCGUCCUCAAUCUUUUCCCAGCAAUCAAUUCAAUCAAUUUACUCAAAACUCUAAUAGUCAGCCUUCACAGAGUCAAUUCAUAAAUGGCCAAUAUUCAGACCUUAAUAAAAAUCAAAAUACUCAAUCAGGAAUUCAAGCAUCGUAUAACAAUUUUAAUAAUAUACCUUCAACAUUACAGCCAAGUUUAGACUUAACCACGCCUUUUGAAGAUACUCCAAAUUCAAAUAAAAAACUUAGCACUCCUAAUGUGCCACUUCCUACUCAAGCGUCUUUCUCGGAUGCUAACUCUCAGUCAAGUAAUGUUCCACAAAUUGCUUUCGGAACAUCUAAUCAAAAUCUUAACAAAAAUGAAAUCAAACAGACUUACGUUGUAGCGCAGACAUCAGAUCAGCUAACAAAUACAAACAUUAAUUUGAGUGGCAACCAACAGCUGCAAGGUCCAGAUCAUUCCUAUUAUUAUAAUCAACCAUCGAAACCGUUCAAUGCCAAUAAAGUGACCACACCGACCUUCACAACAGGAAAUCGUCCUUUCAACAGUGGUUUUAACAACGGUGUGGUGACUAAAUAUCCUAGACCUCCUACUGUAGCACCUACUAUUUCUACUUCUAUGUACAAUCAAUAUUCAAAUAUUCCCCAAUCCCCAUCUGCUUCAUUCAACGAUAGAUUCAGGCCAUCGACAAAAUACCCUCAACCUCCAGUAGUAACCCAAUCUGUACAGUCACCAACAAUUCCAACUAAAAUGGACGGAUUUCAAGAACAAUUCACAGGAAUAACUCAAGCAUCUGUAUCCCCCUUUCCAUCAACCUCCACCAAAUAUACAAGUUCAAAGAAUCAACAAUCUGAAAAUGUAGGUCUCUCUCAGAAUUUCCAAAUUAAUACUUCAUUCCAAAAAGAUACAACUGCAACUAUUUCAUUUAAUAGAGAUCAGGCAACUCUUAGUGAUAGCCAAGUAGUACAAACUGCUAAUCAAGCCCAACCAGAACUGAGCAAUAAUGCACCUCAAUUAACAACAAGCCAGCAGUAUAAUGGUGAAAUAUAUGAAUAUAACAAACCUGCACCAACUCUACCCACCACUGAAUCUGAUGAAGACAGUUCAACUACUCCUGAUAAUUUUUCACAAUUCGGUCAAAAGAUACGACCAACAAUCCAAACUACAGUACAGAAUGCGCAAGUUACCAGCAAUCGUGGUCCACAAAACAACCAGCUAACAGUAACAAGACCUCAAUUACAAACAAAUUUACAGGGACAAUUCAAUCAAAACAAAUAUCAACAGGGUAUUACAACCACUUCAUUUACUCAAGACUUCAACACCAACACACAACAGACAAUCCCUUCCAACAAUUUACAGGCAAUUAAACCAACAAGUGACACAACAAGAUUUACUUCAGGCGCUUUCGCUGAAAAUCAACCAACUACUAACUACAAGGGACCGUUAGAUUUUUCAACUAGGAUUAGACCUUGUUGUCAAGGUCCUAGAACAUCUGGGCAAGACGUUAAAGAUUCCCGUAAACCAAUUCAAUCCCAGGAUCAAAUAAACUCUGGAAUAUCAGUACAAUUUGGUCAAGAGAACCAAAAGCCUGGAGUAAUGAAUGAAAAUUCUUUUAAUACUCCCUCAAUUGGAUUUAGACCACAGAACUUACAUUCAGUAACUAGUCAGACAGGAGGAGAAAUAUUCGGUGGUCCUAGACGACCGCCCAGUUUCGACGAGGCUACUGGCUACCAUUAUUAAUAAAACCUCUUUUAUAGGUUAAAAGUAUUUUUAGUUUCGUACAUUGUAACAAUGUAGCAUAAGAAAGUGAUAACUAUUUUAGCAUUGUAAAAUAUUUUAUAUUUCUAUUAAAUUAUUU